AUGUUAUCGUUAGGAGGAGGAGGAGGAGGAGUAUUCGCACGGCUUUGUGUUUGUAUUUUCGUAUCAUCGAUUUCACUGGGAGCAUCGGAGUGGUUCAAACCGUUCAAUGUCAGUUACGAUCACCGUGCUCUCAUCCUCGACGGUCACCGUCGGUUUCUUAUCUCCGCCGGAAUUCACUAUCCCCGCUCCACUCCCGAGAUGUGGCCUGAUCUGAUUGCAAAGACCAAGGAAGGUGGGGCGGAUGUAAUUGAAACUUAUGUUUUUUGGAAUGGACAUGAGCCUGUUAGAGGACAGUAUAAUUUUGAAGGGAGAUAUGAUCUCGUGAAGUUUGCAAAGCUUGUUGCAUCCAAUGGACUCUAUUUCUUUCUCCGUAUAGGCCCUUAUGCAUGUGCUGAGUGGAACUUCGGUGGUUUCCCAGUGUGGUUGCGUGAUAUCCCUGGUAUUGAAUUUCGAACAAAUAAUGAACCUUUCAAGGAGGAGAUGAAACGGUUUGUUUCAAAGGUGGUGGAUCUUAUGAGAGAGGAAAAGCUGUUUUCUUGGCAAGGAGGACCUAUAAUUUUGUUGCAGAUUGAGAAUGAAUAUGGGAACAUUGAAGGCUCUUAUGGCAAUGGAGGCAAAGAGUACAUUAAAUGGGCGGCUAACAUGGCUCUAAGUCUUGGUGCUGGUGUUCCAUGGGUCAUGUGCAGGCAAACUGAUGCUCCAUAUGAUAUUAUUGAUACAUGCAAUGCAUACUACUGUGAUGGAUUUAAACCAAACUCUGGUAACAAACCAACUUUUUGGACAGAGAACUGGGAUGGAUGGUAUACAGAGUGGGGUGGAAGAUUGCCUCAUAGACCUGUUGAAGACCUUGCAUUUGCAGUUGCACGUUUUUUCCAGCGUGGAGGAAGCCUUCAAAAUUAUUAUAUGUAUUAUGGUGGAACAAAUUUUGGCCGCACUGCAGGGGGACCCUUGCAAAUUACAAGUUAUGAUUAUGAUGCUCCAAUCGAUGAGUAUGGUCUACUGAAUGAGCCAAAAUGGGGUCACUUGAAAGAUCUACAUGCUGCUUUAAAGCUCUGUGAGCCUGCUCUAGUGGCUGCUGACUCACCAACAUAUAUAAAACUUGGUCCAAAGCAGGAGGCACAUGUAUACCAAGCAGAUGUCCAUAGUGAAGGAUUAAACUUGUCUCUGUCUCAAAUCUCCAGCAAAUGCUCAGCGUUCCUUGCCAACAUCGAUGAACAUAAAGCAGCAACUGUGACCUUUCAUGGUCAAACAUACAUUAUACCACCAUGGUCUGUGAGUAUAUUGCCAGAUUGCAGGAAUACAGCUUUCAAUACUGCUAAGGUUGGAGCACAAGCUUCAGUAAAACUUGUAGGGUCUGAUUUGCUGCCAUCUGCAUCUAUUUUCUUGCCAGCCCAACAAUUGGUACACCACAAUGACAUCUCCAAUAUCUCAAAGUCUUGGAAGACUACGAAAGAGCCAAUUACUAUAUGGAGUAAGAGCAGUUUCACUGCAGAAGAUAUAUGGGAGCACUUAAAUGUAACAAAAGAUCAGUCUGACUAUCUUUGGUAUUCAACCAGAAUAUAUGUUUCGGAUGGUGAUGUCUUGUUUUGGAAAGAAAAUUUUGCUCAUCCAAAACUUACUAUAGACAGUGUUCGUGAUAUACUACGUGUAUUUGUCAAUGGUCAACUUAUAGGUACUUUUGUUGGCCAUUGGGUCAAGGUGGUCCAGACUCUUCAAUUACAACCAGGCUACAAUAAUUUAACACUGUUAACUCAAACAGUAGGCUUGCAGAAUUAUGGUGCCUUCAUUGAGAAAGAUGGAGCGGGAAUAAGAGGUACAGUCAAGAUCACUGGAUUUGAAAAUGGGCAUAUAGAUCUUUCAAGAUCAUUAUGGACCUACCAGGUUGGGCUUCAAGGUGAGUUUUUAAAAUUUUACAAUGAAGAGAAUGAAAAUGCGGAAUGGGUAGAAUUGACUCCUGGUGCCCUUCCAUCCCCGUUUACAUGGUACAAGACAUACUUUGAUGUCCCUGGUGGUAAUGAUCCAGUUGCUCUUGACUUUGAAAGCAUGGGGAAAGGUCAAGCUUGGGUGAAUGGCCAUCAUAUUGGAAGAUACUGGACUCGUGUUUCCCCAAAAAGUGGAUGUGAACGAGUCUGUGAUUAUCGUGGGGCUUAUGAUUCUGACAAGUGCACAACUAAUUGUGGAAAACCAACUCAAACUUUGUACCAUGUGCCAAGAUCAUGGUUGAAAGCAGCCAACAAUUUCCUUGUUAUAUUGGAGGAAACUGGAGGAAAUCCUUUUGGGAUUUCUGUCAAGUUACACUCAGCCAGUAUAGUUUGUGCUCAAGUGACAGAAUCCCAUUAUCCACCUUUGCAGAAGUUGGUGAAUGCAAGUCUCAUCGAUCAAGAUGUUUCUUCAAAUGAUUUGAUACCUGAAAUGCAGUUGCGCUGUCGAGAUGGACAUGUAAUCUCCUCCAUAACAUUUGCUAGCUUUGGAACUCCUAAAGGUAGUUGCCAGAGUUAUUCUAGAGGGAACUGUCACGCACCUAGUUCAAUGUCUAUAGUUUCCAAGGCUUGUAUGGGGAAAAGGAGCUGCUCCAUUAAAAUCUCAAGUGCUGUAUUUAGAGAUGACCCUUGCCAGGAUGUUGCGAAAACGUUGUCUGUAGAAGCAAGAUGCACAUCACCAUCUACGAAUGGCUCCUUCCAACUUUGA